GACGGCUGAACACCGGCGUGUUAGCUGUCACUCUAUGCAGACUGUUGAGGUCAAGGGGAGAAAAGCAUGGCAGCUUUAUUGAGAGGUUGUCGAAUUAUUUUGCAAAAGUGGAAUGUCAGCCCAACCUUUGCAUCAAUGCGGUCUAUGGCCUCCAAAACACCCAUUGGGUUUAUUGGUUUGGGAAACAUGGGGAGUCCCAUGGCCAAGAACCUGCUGAAAAAUGGCUACCCCGUUAUUGCUACUGAUGUCUUUCCCGAGUCCUGCAAGGAGCUGCGGGAUCUGGGUGCCCAGGUAGUGGACUCCCCUGCAGAAGUUGCUGAGAAAGCAGACCGCAUUUUCACCAUGCUUCCAUCCAGUCCAAAUGUCAUCGAAGUUUACACGGGCCCCAAUGGCAUUCUUAAGAAGGUAAAGAAGGGAACACUUUUGAUUGACUCUUCCACCAUCGACCCCGCCGUCUCGAAAGAGAUGGCGUUAGCCGCUGAGAAGAUGGGCGCCGUCUUCAUGGAUGCACCCGUGUCAGGAGGUGUCGGUGCUGCCAGUCUGGCUAAGCUGACCUUCAUGGUGGGUGGCGCGAAGGAGGAGUACAACGCUGCGCAGGAACUGCUCACCUGCAUGGGAGCCAACGUUAUCUAUUGUGGACAAGUUGGCACCGGACAGGCUGCAAAGAUCUGCAACAACAUGCUGCUGGCCAUCGGCAUGAUCGGAACCGCCGAGACCAUGAACCUCGGCAUCAGGCUGGGUUUGGACCCCAAGCUUCUGGCCAAGAUCCUCAACAUGUCCUCGGGUCGCUGCUGGGCCAGCGACUCAUAUAAUCCCGUCCCCGGUGUCAUGGAGGGAGUCCCUUCUGCCAACAACUAUCAGGGAGGCUUUGGGACGACACUCAUGGCCAAGGAUCUCGGCUUGGCCCAAAACACAGCCACCAACACCAAGACGUCCAUUCCUCUCGGUUCACUCGCUCACCAGAUCUACAGAGUUAUGGCAUCCCGCGGCUACGCCAACAAGGACUUCUCAUCCGUCUUCCAGUUCCUGCGGGAGGAGGAAGGACAGUGAGCACAAGACACACACAAAAGUACAACCUCACACUCAACCCCCAACAAUCCUCAGGAUAGUCGACAUAGUACACAACAUUUACCCUCGUUGUCCUUAAAUGGGUUUUUUUUGGAUACCAAAGUUACCAAUGGAUGCAAUUAGCAUAAUUUUCCUCAGGAUGAUCAUAACAAUUGUUGGGGUAGGUUGUGACUUCAAACUAGGCUUCAUUAAGCGAACGGAGCUGAUCCUUGUGAAAUCUUUAGCUGUUACCUUUUGCACUUUGGGCACGCUGUACAAUGCUCAGGGGGGUGUUUGAUGUUACGCAAACUACUUGAAUUUAUUUCUAUGCCACUGGAGUAUUUUUCCACUGUUUCAGUUGCGCACCGAAAAUAUUGUUUCCCGUGGUCUGUUUUGAAUUUUUAUUUAAGGCGUGAGCAAGGAACGGUUAGUUCAUGGCUGCUUUCAGCAAAUGUACAUAGUGUAUAUUUCGUUUUGUUGUGGCAUUUAGAAAACUGUCGAAGACUUUUUGUCUGAAAAAUUGUCGACAUUCUGUCUUUACACUGUGGACCUAAAAUGUUCAUUAAAAUGUCGUCUGUGCACUUU